CCCAACUUCACACCCAUGUACUUCUUCUUAGCCAACCUUUCACUACUGGACAUUGCAUAUAUCUCCAACACGGUGCCCCAGGUGUUGGUACACCUGCUGGCACCAGUGCGGACCAUACCCUAUCAUGCCUGCCUUACCCAGAUAUUCUUUCUCCACUUCCUGGCUCCCUGAGAGUGCUUCCUGCUCACAGCCAUGGCCUACGACCGCUAUGCGGCCAUCUGCCAGCCCCUGCACUAUCUAGUCCUCAUGGGCCCACGGACCCGGACAGGGCUGGCUUCAAUCUCUUGCCUGCUUGCCUUGGCCAACUCACUCAUCCACACCAUCCUUGCGGCUCUACUCAAGUUCUGUGGGCCUCGCCUUAUCACCCACUUCUUUUGUGACCUCCCUCCACUGAUGAAACUCUCUUGCUCAAGCACGCAGGCCAAUGAACUCGCCCUGUUUUUCUUCAGCUCUGUGGUGGCUCUUGCGCCCUGUGCCUUGGUUGUGAUCUCUUAUAUGCACGUCGUGGCUGCUAUUCUCAGGAUCCACUCCGCUGAGGGCCGACGAAAAGCCUUUUCCACCUGCGCUGCCCACAUCAUGGUGGUCUGUGUGUUCUACGUCACUUCAGUCCUCUGCUACAUCCUCCCCAGCUCUGCAUACUCAGGCUCUCGGGACCGGGUGCUGUCCGUGCUGUAUGUGGUCCUCACUCCCAUGCUGAACCCCAUCAUCUAUAGCCUGCGGAACAAGGAGGUGAAGAGGGCUUUGCUCAAGGCCCUUGGGAAAGAAAGUGCCUCCUAG